CGUUUUGAACUCGGAUAACUGGUUUUUGUUCUCUCAAGUGAAUAAUGAAUAAUUUUUAAAUCAAAAGACAACUCGAAGAAAAAAUGGCGCCGCUAAUGGUGGAUAGCAUAAGCAGUUUACCGGAUGAAAUCCUCUGCCGCAUUCUCUCUUUACUCUCCACCAAAGAAUCAGUUGCCACAAGCGUCUUAUCCAAACGGUGGACUCAUCUCUGCCACCAUGUUCCCAAUCUUCAAUUCUCAGACAUCACAGUCAACACACUCCCAUCCAUUCUUCUCUUUAACCAGUUUGUUUACUCCCUUUUACUCUCCAGAGACUCCGCCGCCGGUUCUAAUUUCGUCAACACUUUCCGUCUCCACAUUCGAUACGAUACCUUUUAUUUUGCCUAUAAUUUCGGAUUUCCCAAUAUAACCAAAUGGAUCAAUUUCGUCGUUCAACCCAAAUUCACACUCAAAAAUCUUAGUCUCCAUUUCAAUGGCUUCAGUGUUGAAGACCUUGAUCAAAUGAACCCACCCAAAUUACCUUUAAGCAUCUUCACGUGCAAAACUCUUGUAAGUCUCAGUCUCCGUUGGUUCAAGGCGGACGGUUAUUCUUUUUCUUCAAAGGGAUGUCAACUUCCUUCACUCAAGAUCCUUCAUUUGGAGUUACUUUUUUUCUCGGAUUUUCCAGAUUUUCUGUUGCUUCUUGCUGGAUCUCCAUUGCUUGAGGAUUUGUUAGUUUCACAAUUAUACUUCUUAGGCGUCAUGGAAGAUGCCGUGGAAGAUGAUUCUGAUUCACAAGAUUUCAAAAGCUUAUGCCUACCCAAUUUGACUAGAGCAGAUUUGGCUCAAUGUGGUUGUUCAUGGUUUCCGAUUAAUGCGCUUUCUUCCUGUGUGUCUCUCUGCAUACAAACAUGCAGCUUUUACAUAGAAGACGACGUAGUCUCCAAGAUGAAGCAGUUUCCUGUUUUUCAUAACUUGACCGACUUGAAGCUCCACAAUAAUUGGGAAUUGGCACUAAAGGUGCUCCACCUAUGCCCUAAGCUUCAAAAUCUUCAACUUUAUCAGGACUCAUUGGAGGCAAUAUUGAAUGGAGAAAAUAAUCAAGAAAACACGACGGAACCUGAAUUUGUUCCACAAUGCAUUUCAUUAUACCUUAGAACUUGCACUAUUCGGAACUUUUUAGGUCUACAAGGUGAGCUUAAGUUGGCAAAAUAUAUUUUGAAAAAUGGGAAAAAUUUACAAACCAUGUCAAUCUGGGGCAUAUGGGAACUACCUGAAAUAGAAAGAGAGUUGUCUGCGUGCCCGAAGGCCUCUGCAACAUGUGAACUUUCGAUUAUUUAUAACAGAGCUUAGGUAAGUAGUAUAUGUAACUAAAUGUUUCUACUUGUUGUUUCGUUAGCUUUUACUAUGCACUUUCUUGAUUUGGUGGUUUGAACUUUGAACUAUAGGCUAUUAUGAUUUGUGAAGGUCAUGAAUUUGGCUCAACUGCAUAAGUUAAGAAAAAAUCAUCUUUAAAUGAUUUAGUUAGUACUUGUCUACCUGUUUAUUUAUACAUUUGUUUAUUAAACUUGUUUAUGACUACAAUUACAUCAAUGCUUAUCUAUUUAUUGCCACUUGUAUGCUAAAUCCAGAUUGGUUGCAUAAACACAUGAUAAGAGACGCGUCCAGAGAUUAUAUAAGUAGUUGUUUUCUUAUGGGAAUACUUUUGUCUUUUGAUAGAAAAUACUGUUUUUAGUGCUUUAUCAAAUAUCACUUAGUUCUAAAUGAUCUUUUUGAAGAUUUGGUUUUGCUGUCGUAGGUUACCGGAUAGUUAAGGUUUUACUUUUAUGUACAUUUGGUAAAAGGUUAGAGUUUGAGAAAAGAGAGAUUCAUAACAGAAUUUUGUUAUUCUGUAUAGUAGAAUACUCUUGAUGAUUCUAACUAGUUAAAUGUGAGUUUUUACACAGUGUGAUUAUCUAACUGACUUUCUUGGACUUAUGUGACAACAGUAACUAAUUGUAACAAACAGCAAGGCGUAAAGACUACUAGUGAGUAAUAGUUGCUCCUAACUUCCUCAAAUCUAAGGUGGUUGACCGAGUUUACACUUGUCAAACAUGUUUGUCCCUGUAUGGUAACACCCUUCUAGAAUUACAUUUAACAUCCCUUUAUGACUUUCUUGAUCAGCGCCUUGGGGUGGUAGCCGGGCUCUAGAACAUUACUGCCACGGCUACUAUCAACCCUAGCCCAAAGAAGGAAAAAAACUGCCUAAAGCAGGUAGUUCAUUAGCCAUACAUAGUGGAGGGGAUGGGGGUCAACCUCUUUCAUGACCCAUGACCUUGCUACUAUUUCUUAUAACAUUUGAUGUCCUACCUGUGGCUCAAAUCCUCCAACCAACUUUGAUGAAGUGAUUCCUUUGGUUUCCACUUCAACAUCCAGUUAUUUGUCUCAGCUCUCUCUAGAUAUGUCUAAUUUACAACACCUAGUUUGUUUUAUAUACCAAGUAAUAAGGACUGUGUAGUUUAUGUAUUACAUUUAUCUCAUUUUCAGAGUCUCAGUACUUUUAUCAAAUGUAUAAUCAAAGACGCGUAUAAGGUGUGUACCAUGAGAAAAUAUGGUCUAUCCAUGCACUUUAGCUUUGAGCCAUUUUAUACAUCGCUAGGUAGAAGAUGGAGACUCUUGAAGAACUAGUUAGUAGAAGAGAGACUAGGUUGAUUGGCAUUAUAUGCAUCUGUUAUUUAGAUUAUGAAUUUGCAAAAUUUACUUGCAGUUUGUUUUGGAAUAAUUUGAAAAAUAUUACAGGUGACAUUUGAAAAUAUGAUUGCCAAAUGGAGAAAUGAAAUUUUUUGAAAGAAAAAAUAAUUUUGAAAUUGUCUCGAAGGAGAAUAUUAUGGUGGAGAAAAUUAAUAACAAGUAUUUGUGAUCAAUGUGUUUUUGCUUUAACAGCAGAACAAUUUGUAAAGUUUGAGAAUAUUGUAUUUGUUUUUGGAUGCCAAGUUUAAAUGAGAAAUUUACUCUCAAGAAAUUUGGUUUUUGGUUUUCAGAUUUAACCCCAUUUGUAUGAGCUUAACUGCAACACUGAUUAGAAACAUCAUGGCUAUAGAAUGCUCAAUUUCAUUAAUUUCUAAUGUUGAGGGGUUCAAGGAUUAUUCCCUCUAACACUUUUCUUAUCGAGUGAAAAACAGCGUGAAUCGCACUCAAAUAUUAAACGGUGUGACUUACAUAAAUUUCAUUUGAUAAAAGAGUGUUCCUAACAAUGUCUAUGCUAAUAUAUUGAUCUUACUAACUUAGAGAUGAUUAUUUUCUUAACUAAGAAAAUAAUCAAUUCUCUUUGAUUUGGAGAUACUAGUUAAACUACCCGUGUGUUGCGCGU